GUGCGCUGAAAGAGAGUGUUUUUGUUGUUGUUGUGGUGGACGGUGCUGUAUUGUUGGGCCGUUUUGUUUGGCCGCAGUGGCGCGUAACCAUCAACCCCCCAAAAAAAAAAGAAAACAUAACGAGCCACUAUCUGGUCCUGGGACACACACUCACACACAGGAUGCGCUCGAGUGACCCUGCGCACCUGUUCGACAUCGCCAACGACAAGUGCCAACGGACAAUAAUACAAAUUUCCCGGGCUGUGUGAAAUUUUCAUGUAAUUUAUGCAAAGCGAACGCAAUUCGAAGGCGGAAAACUCAACUGGUGUUAGUGUGGGGCUUUGGUGGGAACUGGCGAUAGGAACGACUCCCAGCCACAUAAACGGACAUUAGCAUUAGCAUUAGCAGUGGCAGUAGCCUCCUUUCCGAUCAUGGCUCAUUCCCUGCGAUCAUGCUGAUUGUGGACAUGUUGACGCUUGCAUUGGCAAAUGAGCCGAUAUGCGGCAGCAAAAUGCGUUCGAGUGGGAAAAGCAAUAGCAGCUACAAUGAGGAUAAUCAGCCAGGAGCCGUGGCAGCGGCAGUGGCCAAUACGACUGGUGGUGGUCUAGGCCAAAACUGUGGGCUUUCUGGCCACUUGGCAUGCGAGGCACGCGACUCACGCGACAAUGUUGCUGCCGUGCAUUGCGAGGUGCGUCAGCAAUGCCACUCAGCGAUAGACGGAGUGGAGGCGCGUGCGCGUGCUGAAUACACUGGCAACAACAAGGGCAGAACCAGCAAUAACAGCACCAACAAUAGGAGCAACAUCGGGAACAAUAGCAGCAGCAACAGCAACAGCAACAGCAACAACAGCAGUACUAGCAGCAACAUUAGCAACUCUGGCGACAACACAGCAACGGAAGUGGCCACGAAAUGUGAGUACGCGCAACUCGAGCGUGAGAGGCAGAGCGUGAGCGCAGGCGCAUACCUGCAACCACCCAAUGUGACAAGCAGCAGCAGCAGCAACAGCAACAACAACAAUAACGGGAGCAACGCCAACAAGAACAACAACAAUAACAGCAAGGGGAGCAGCGCCUGCUCAAUACCUACAAUUGGCAGUGAGCUUUUCAAAGCCAACCUUGUGGCAGCAGCAGCAGUCGUCGCAGCUGAGCAGCAGAGGCAGCAGCUACAACAGUCAACUAGCAGCAAUCAGUCAACGGAUUCUGGCCAAAAACUGUGCAAAUUGAUAGAUUCCAGUGAAAAUUCAGUGGAAAUCAAUUGCCAAAAUUCUUGUAGAACAAGAAAUCAGUUAGAUAGCAGCGGGAAAUCCACGGAAAACACACAAAUCGAAGCCAAAGCUGGCAACGACACCAGCAACCACGACAACGACAACGACGACGCGCGACGUACAGAAAAAUUUGUGCAAAAAGCCAGGCAAAGCGCGUUGUCUGCUCGCGGGCUAGAUAAUUUUUUUUACACCAGUGAAAAUGUGCAAAGUGCUACGGCAAUAGAAACAGCAGUAACAACAUUAGAAACAUCAGCAACAGCAACAACCUUAAGCUCGAAAAAGGAGCAGCAGCAGCAGCAGCAGGAGCAGCAAGCGGAGGAGGAGGAGGCGGGGCAGGCGCCAUUGUCAUUGCCAUAUUCUCAAUACCCAUACCCAUACCCAUACCCGUACCUCAACUCAUCCUUGACUGGAUGUGGUGUUGAUAAUGUCGCUGGCAUUGCUGCUGUCCGCCCACCACAAAGUUGGCCUGUUGUUGUUGCUGGCGGUUACGUGGAUUACGUGAAAAGCAUCGCAGAUACAUCAGCAACAUGCAAUGACAACGGCAACCAGUCAAAGCCCAAAGAUUUAAAUGCAACAUCCGUGGAGAAGCUCAUCGAUUGCGAAUCCUUGGUGGGCAAUACAGCACCAGUACCAGCAGCAGCCGUACCAGAAGUAGCAACUGCAGUAGCAACAAGCUGCAUCGAACAGGAUCUCAUCGAUUUUGAGCAAGAUUUGGGCGAGGAUUUUGUGGCCAGCCAACGCUUGAAGCGCCUGCAAUACAAUUUUCAGGGACGGGUGGCCAGUAGUUGUAACAUUGAUUGUGUAAAGGCAUCCUUGAGACCACAACAACACCAGCAGGAGCAAGAGAAGGAGCACAAGCAGGCGGAGCAGGAGGUACAGGGCCAGCAACAAACAAUAAGCAUAACAAAGAAACUACCCCCAGAAGGCUGGCCAAACCAACCCCAAACUCAACCCCAAACUGAACUCCAAACCCCCAGCCCAACCCAGUCCGACCAAGGCAAAGACAAUAAGGCGAUUGCAGCAGUUACAGCGGACUCAAUUGCAAUUCAAUUAAAUGUGGAUGGCAUUCGAGUCGAGCAAUUGCCAAAUGAAAGCGAAACAACUGCCCCAGCGACCAGACAAACAGCUGAAAAUUGCCAGGAGCAACAUUUGCUGAAUACGCGUCGCGAGUUGCCAGUGCGCAGGAUCGGGCCUUUAGAGAGCGACGGCGGCGGCCAAGUGGUGAUUGAAAUCGAAACGGAUUGUGACUACAACGAGGAUUUCAAAGACUUGACAAGGCGCUCUGCCUUUGUGCCAACACAGCCCAGUUGUAAGGCGGCGGUGGCCGGCGAUUUUGGGCCAUCGCUCAGUGAGUUUGAUGUCCAGCGUUUCAGUGAAUAUCUGAAGGUCGCCCGCCAAUUGCAGUGGCGCCACAGCCACCCAGAUAGCCAGUCGAAGCCAAAUCUAAAUCUUCAACAGGACAGAUUUAGUACUUUCCAGUGCUACGACGAGCUCUUGGCCGAGUUUGUCAGCGAGCAACAGGAGUACGGCCAAUUCAUAAUCGAAGACGACGACGACGACGAAGAGGAGGAGGACGAGGUCGAGGACGAGGACGUCGACAUCGAAAACGAUAACGAUACUGAUAGAGCCUGCCAGUGCCAUGAGUGCCUAGCUAGCCAGGAGGAGAUCACAUCCACAUCAGCCAGCGUCAUCAAUUCUGCAGUUAGAGCAGAUACAGCAACAGCAGCACCGAAUCCCCAAGGCCAGCCAACUCAUCCAACCCACCUGAUCAACGGCCACAAGAUGCGCGAGGUCAAUGGUCAGUUACGCGGCCUGCUCAAAAAGCCAAAUAGACCGCCACCGGCCCGCAAGAAUCGCGUUGUCUUUGACGAGACACGUAACGAGUUCUUCGAGGCUGACUAUAUUAUCCUGAUUCGAGAGGAUUGCGCCUACGACGAGGAGGACGAAGAGCCCUGCACCUGCGGCGAGCAUGAACUGGUACGUCUUUGCUGCGAGGAGGGAUGCCAGUGCAAUUAUGCCGUUAAUCCCGCCGAGGCGGGCGAGGGCAGGACGCCACAGAGUCCCAAAUACCAGCCGCCAAUUGAGUUCGUGGACGAUGCGGCUCUCAGUCCGCCCGAUGGCUACAAGGACAGCAGUCUGAAGAACACGCUCGGCGGCGCCUUGAGCGGUCACAUCUUCGGGGCACAGCACCUGCAGCAGCUGCAGGUCAUUCAGCGUUUGCAACAACAGCGUGCCGCAAUGUUGGCUGCCCGCAAUACCACAGGCGGUCAGAUACCGCCUCCGCCUCCACCCGUCGGCAGUGCCCAGCAGCAGCAGCAACAACAACAACAGCAACAGCAGCAACAACAACAACAGCAGCAACAGCAACAACAGCAGCAGCAGCAGCAACAGCAACAACAGCCACAUCAGCAACCUCAUCAUGGAGCUAUGCAGCAGCAGCAGUCGGAGGAGGACCUCCAGGGCGUUUGCACUGAGUGUGCCGAGUGCGCCGAAUGUGCGGCCAAGCAGCUCCAGGAAGCAGAAUGCAGCUCCCCGCAGUGUCCAGAGGAGAUGACUCCGCUUGGUGUACCUGCUGUGGCAAUUCUGCCACUGCACACCAGUUCCCCGGAGCGUCGCAUCACCCAGAAAGAGAUCAUUGCUGGCGAGGAGCGGCCCAAAUAUGUUCUGCAGUCGCAGUACAAGCCAUCACCCACAGCAGUGGUGAAGGCUAGAAAGGAGUCGGCCAGUGGCAAGGCCAGUUCCGGAUCCGUCUCGAGCUCCGGCUCUAGUUCCGCCUACGGGUUAACAACAACCCAAACCCCAAUACCGGUACCAGUAGCGGUGCCAAUGCCGGUCCAAAUGGCGGUACCCGUUCCGGUUCCGGCCAUCAGUAGCUCCUCAAAAAAUAAACGAUUUGUUGUUGAAACCAUUACCACUAUGACCACAGUGACCGAGCGCCGCAUCAUCCGGGAGGCGCAUGAGGAUGUGGCUACGGUUGGUUCUACACCCGCACCUGGUACCGCCACGCCUUCAGUUGGCGCAGCUGCAAGCGGAGCGGCAGAUAUGCUACCGCCUGCCCUGCCGGCUAAGGCAAGUGCCACAGCGGCAGCCGCCGCAGCAGCAGCCGCAGCAGCAGCGGCAUCAGCAUCAGAGCAGCAGCAGCAGCAGCAACAGUUCGAGGCCCAGAAACCGCCACCAAUACCGCCAAAGGAGACUUCGCCCACGCAGAUCAGCGGAAUCCUUAAGGGCGGCAAACUAUGGAAGCAGGAUUCCAUCUCUCAGCAGUCGGAUGACCAGAAUAACACCACUUCGGAGGAUGAGAGCGGAGCCACAAAGCGAUCGGUGAGGUUCGUGACCGAAGAUCAGGCCAAUGCCGGCACCGACAGCGAUGCCCAGUCUUUGGCCGGAGAUUUGGAUGACAGCGAGAACCAGAUCAACGAACUGAUCCCCAUUAAGAAGCACUCGACGCUCUUUAACAACGCGCUGCGACCCAAUUCGGCGGUGCGCCAGCUCUUCCCAAGCGUCUCGGCCCAUCAGGCGCCAGUGCUCACCUCGGAGGCACUCAGGGCCUUCGAUGAGUCGAAGCGGGCUGGCUGCCUGGUCACCCACCUGCCAGGAAGCUGCGGCGACUCCGACACCCUGCGCCGCAGCAUGGAAAGGAAUAUCUUGCGAAGAUCUUUGAUCAAGAAAAAGGCUGUUAAGUCGGACAUUUCGCUGGAGGAGCGCAUUAAGCAGCUGACCUGCGACAUCGACGAGGAUCUAGCCGAGGAACUGCAAAGAGCUGUGGAUGAGGACGCCGAAGCUGCCGCCGAACGUGCCGAUGAGCUGGCUCAGCGGAACAGUCCAGCUGGCGAGGAGAAUCCCAAUCCGGUGCCUGGUUCUGGUUCAGCUCAUAAGUUUGUCAACGGCGAGAAGAGCUUCUCACCGAGCAGCUCGGUAUCGAGCUCCUCGAGUGGAUCGUCGGCCUACAAGAAGAUCGCCGACAUCUUUAACCGCGACAAAAAGCAAGAGAAGAUCAUGGAGAUGGAGGAGAACCCCAUAGUCAUAAUACCCCAGGAAUGCCGUUGUCCGGCAGCUCCUGACUUGGGAAUGGGCAUCCAGGUGCCGGUGGUCCAUACGCAGAUCCAUCGCACUCCACCCCGCCAAACGGAGCCGAAGCGUCAGUUCCUCUCCUCCACUUUGGCCCCCCUGACCGCCUGUGUGGCUGGGAACAAGGACGACCUCUCCUCCUAUUACACAUUGGCCGCUGCAGCUGCCGCUCAUCCGCAUGCCCAUGGCCACGCCCACACGCAUGCGCAUGCCGCCCACUAUGCCGCCGCCGCUGCGGCCGCUGACUUCAAUAUGGGACAGCUACUGGGAGCUGCUGCAGCAGCAGCCGCCUCAGGAGAUCCGGCUGCUCAGCAUGCGGCUGCGAUGGCAGCCCAGGGAUUGGCUCAAGGAUUGGCUGCUGCUGGAGGACCAGGAGGAGUCGGUGUUGGGGAAGAAGCACGCAAGGUGGCACCGGAUGUGAUUGCCGGAACUCCGGGGCAGGAGGCCGCCGGCCGACAAGAGCAGGACGAACUGGCCGCCUUUGCCCAGGCAGAUGCCAAGCGGACCGAGCAGCUCAAGAAGCGGUACACGGGAGCGGGCUCAGAGCCCAGCCAAUCGCAGGCCAGCAGCGAUGAUGACGAACAGAAUGACUAUGGAUUUAACAAGCGGCCUUCGGUGCGCGGCAUCAAGCCCAAGUUCAGUUCGACCAACGAGAUCCUGGCCCAGAUGCAGGAGCAGCUGAGUGCGGCCAUACCCACGGUGGUCAAUAGCCAGCCGGUACAGCAUGCGGUCAAGGGCUAUGCCAUGCCCAAUACGGUUAAGCAGAAUCCCUCGCCGCAGAAUGUGCCACAGAGUGUGCAGCAACAGCAACAACAACAACAACAACAGCAGCAGCAACAGCAACAGCAACAGCAGCAAGCUCACCAGCAACAUCAGCAGCAGUUGCAGCAACAAAUGGCCGCCGCCUUGCAGAAAACAGAGCAGCGGACAUGGAGUUUCUACAGCGAGACUGGGGAGCAACAGCGCUUCCCCAUGGAUGCGGCUGCCAUCCAACAGACUUACUACCAGACCCUGCCCGCCGGCACCAUGUUCCGUCAGACGAUGAUCCAGCAGGGCGCCACGGCGGCCGGCGGUGCUGAUGAUGCAUCACUCCUCUAUGCAGCCGCUGCUGCGGCACAAAACUGUCAGAGCGUUACGGCCACGGCAACGGCCACCGCCACUGCCACGGCCAUCGAGCAGAGCAAGCACAGCAGCUACAGCAGUCACUUUGCCCGCAGCCCGACAAGGCGGCCGGAGUCGCCGCCGCCGUUGCGUAACUACCACCAGACCAUGGUCCUCAUCCCGUACAAUGCGGAAACCUACUCCCAGUUCGCCACUAGCAGCAGCGGAGAUCCCAAGCUGGCCCACAUCCAGCGCCAGAACAUCCUCGAGUACCAGCAGGUCACUCAGCAGACGAUUCGAGUGCCCAUUGGCUAUGCCCUGCCUGGCAUGCAGUUGCAUGUGGUCAGUGGGCGUGGCCAUGCCGCUCACUAUGCCCAGCAUCAGCAGCAACACCAACAACAGCAGCAGCAACAACAGCAGCAGCAGCAGCAACAACAGCAGCGCCUGAUGCAAGGACACUAUCAAUUUGGACCAGACGGUGGAAUGCCCGGAUUUAGUGAGCGCGGAGUGCCCGAAGGAGCAGCUGCCGUAUCGCAUAGUGACUGCAAUGCCAUGGUAUCGCCAACGUCGGCAGCUGCACAAGCUGCUGCACAAGCAGCAGCGGUACAGCAGCAACAGCAGCAGCAACAGGCCGCCGGGGGAGUGGGUGUCGGUGUAGGCGCCCAGGCUCAGGGAUCUGUAUACUAUGCGAUGAACGUAUGACCCGCGCUCGAAUAGUCGCUGCCAGCGGCGGUCAUUGUUGAGCGCCGCCAGUGUCAACUUGUCGAAAUGUCAGCGACUUCAGUGCAUUUGGGUAGCGGCGGCAUGGGCGGCAGAUGAGCGCCCGCCCCGCGAGAUUCUGAAUCCUCGAGUUCCCAUGUCUCCCAUCCGCUGAUUUGAGUUGCCCCUCAGUUGACCCUAGCGAGCGUUUGUUUUCUUUAGAAACAUUUUGAUCUUCCGUUCUAGCAAGUGUAUUGGUAACCUAAGCCUCAGUAUGAUUAUCACUUAGCCGUAUCCGUGUUGUCUGUAUCCUUGUAUUUGUGUAUCUGUCACAAGAACCUGUGAAGGUUUAAAAUCAGUUAAGAUUAUAAUACAAUAUGUAUUACAAGAAUGCUUUUUAAGUUGUUUGAAGUCUUAAAAAUAAUAGAAACCUUUAGUUUCUAAAAGUGAAGGGGUAUCUGUCGCUGCCUCGUUUUCAAAUAGCUAUUCUAAUGACGAUCCAAAGUUCUUGCAAUACCCCAAAAAAGUACAGCCUAAGUUUAGCCUAGACGUCGAGGAUUUUAUUUGAUAGUUAAUACUACUUAGUCGAGUGUAGUUAAGCAGAGCGAUGAUGAUGUAAGCGAAUGUAAACCAAAAUACAACCAAAUCACAUGAAUUUAUUUCGAAGCAUAUACAUGCUGGGUGCUAGUAAUGCAACAACAACAACAAACAACAAACAACAACAAACAACAACAACAAACAAACAAACAAACAAACAGAACAACAAGAAAAACCAAGAAAGAGUUAAUUAAGCUAUGAAAAUUAUAUUUAACAAAGUUAAAACUAAAAACAAAGAGAAAUGUAAAACAAGAAUAAUUUUUUUUUUUUGAAUUCCCUUUUUUUUUUCUAUUGCUGUUAGCCAAGAAAGAAAGAAAGAGUUUUGCUCAAUGGAAAGAAAGUGCAUUUUUUGAAUUUGAAAAGGCAUCUCUAUAUAGACACACAUACAUACACAUAAUUAUAUAUUAUAUAUAUAUAUAUACAUAUGCGAAUGCUAAACUAAAUUAAACAUAAUUAAAUUAUAUUGAAUUGAAUUGAUAUUAUAAAUGGUAUUUCCAAUGUAGUGCAAUUUGUUGCUAACUCCAAAAGCUCUCUUAUCAAAGAGUCUUAAACUUAAACCAGAUAUAUGAUAUAUUUUAUGAGUAUCAAAAUUAUAGAAAUAUUUUUAGGCUUAGGCUUUAUUUAUAUAUUAUAUACAAGUAUAUAUAUAUAUAUAUGAGAUUUUAGUUUUAAAUUAUUUUUUUUUUUUUUUUGAUAUGUAUAAUAAAUUUCAAAUUCUAAACAAUCAUUUGUUUUCUACGUGCUUAAGUCAGGAUGUAUCGCAUAAUGUACAAUGUAUACACACACAGACACAUCUAUGUAUAUGUAUGUAUGUUUUGUAUGCUACAGUUUGUUUGGGUUUCAUUUGUAGUUCGAUCAGCCAGCAUUGCAUGCCACAACAUCUUCCACAUUCCAAACCUAACGAGAUGUUCCUGAUGAAAGGAGCUGUGAGAUUUCCAAGGCAGUCCUGCUUAAACGUAUGCACUAUGUCAUUGCAUACUCUUAGGCUGAUUGCUUUUAAAUCAGCAGAAAUUUCAAAAAAAAACACCUCAGGAUCGCCUUUCUACCGAAGUGAGAGCAUCACAGUGCCAAAAGCUUGCAUCCCAGACCUCCUCUCUCAAUCAUCCCAUACCUCCCAGAUCACAUCAUCUAGUUAAUAAUGAUAUCAUAUAGAGAUCGAGCAAUCAUAAGCAACAAUGUUAGAAUAUACACACGAAAAAGUCAUGUUGAUCUGGAGGAUAAUAACUUCAGUCUCUUCAAAAUAUAAAUUUACACACACACACCCACACAUUCGCAUAGAUAUAAGUGCAUUUAUGCACACAUACAUCCAGCAUAUGAAACAUUAAGCUGAUAUACAGACAUACAUAUAUAUAUGACAAAAUAUGAAUAUUGUAUUUCGAUUCAGAUAUUGUGUUAAUGUCUAUAACGAACGUAUUGAAACUAUUGAAUGCAAGAAAAAAAGAAAAAGAAAACAAAACAAAACCAAAAACAAAGAACACGAAUUAAGAGUGCAAUAAUGUUAAAGAGAGCGAUUUACCGUUAAUUGCAAAAGGCAAAAGGCAAAUGAAAAUGACAACGCAAAUCAAUGAGAGAGCGCAAGCGAGAUAGUUAGUUUGUCGGCCAGUUAGAGAGAGAGAGAGAGAUGGUUAGCAAGUGUGUGACAGAGAUAGAGAGCGCAUAACGAAAAAAAUUUAGUCAUAGAUUUAAAUACAAAAAACCACAGACAUUUACAGAGCGAUUAACGAUUAACUAUAAACGAUAAACGAUAACUAAAGCGUGGUCUUAGGUGUUCGAUAUUCAAUAUAUAUUUAAAUAUUUUCUUUUGUUUAUUUUUGAUUUUUUUUUUUUGGUUUAACUUACGCGGUUCCACUGAGAGAUUCCGACACUAGAAUUGACUAGAAAACGCAGCGCGAUUUGCAUAUUAUAUAAAUACAUUUAGAGCCAGAUAGCGAGCGAGAGUAAAGCGAUAAAUUAUAAAUAAAUAUAUAUGUAUAUAUAUACAUACAGGCAUACAUAUAUAUGGAUAUAUAAUAGAUGUUUAUGUAAUACAUAAAUGGCAUUGAACGAACUCCAAGCACAUUGCAAAAAAAAUCCCCCUCCCCUAAGAAAAAAUAUUCAAAAUCGCAUGAAAAUUCCCUAUUUUUUUUGACUUCUCCUUUGAGUUAACAAACUCGAUUUUUUUCUAUGCAAAAGUAGUUGAAAAUUAUAUAACGAUAAACCGAUAUAUUUAGACACACAUCGACAGUAUCCUCUUUGAUAAUUUGAGUUGCGAUUUUGGAUAUGCAGACAGAAAGUAAAGUAAAGAUUGACAGAAACCAACAGAAAAUGUGUAUGAAAUAGUAUAAAUAAGAUCGAAUAUAUUAAUGCCUCCCCCCUCCCCGACAUAUACAUAGGCUAUAUGUAUGUGGGGGGCUAAGGGAAAAUGAAAACAUAAAUCCAAAAAAAAAAACCAAAAAACCCCAAAAAACAAGAACAACCAAGCGAAGGAUCGAAGUGAACGACGGCACAAGUAUAUAACAGAUUUCAACAAGUAUAUGACUGAGCCAAUGACUCAAAAUACAUUUUAAACAAAAAGGAAAACCAGAAAUAUAUGAGAAAUAUAUAAAAAUGAUAA